UGGUAGUCAUGUGCGAUCAGGCAGGGAAGAGGCCAGCUGUCCAGCGCUCGGCCCUUGCUCUGGGCGGUCCCGGGGCGGAGUGAGCACGGCGGCGGCGGCCCCCGGAACGGGCAGUCCAAGCAUGGAGCGAGUGACUCAGAAAAUGUCCGGGCUGCAGUUCAACCUGGGACCCGCCAAGGAGCCGCUGGGCUUCAUCAAGGCCUUGGAAUGGAUUUUUGCCAUCUUUGCAUUUGCCACCUGUGGCAGUUACAGCGGAACUACAAAAAUCAAACUCUAUUGUCCCAUAAGUGAAAACCUGACUGCUAAGGUUGAUUUUGGAUACCCAUUCAGGUUGAACAAGGCUUCGCUCAUCCUUUCAGAGAAGACAAAUUGUAAUGGCACUUGGCCUGAACAGUACCACCUGGUGGGAGACUUCUCAUCUUCAGCUCAGUUCUUCGUGACUUUUGCUGUCUUCGUGUUCCUCUACUGUAUCGCUGCCCUGGUGGUAUACCUGUGUUUCUUACAUCUGUAUCGAGGCGCUGGUAAACUUCCCAUGAUCGACUUCAUUGUCACCGUGGUCGUUUCUUUCUUGUGGCUGGUAAGCACAUCUGCCUGGGCGAAGGCCCUCACGGAUAUCAAAACGUCCACUGGCUCCAGUCUUUUGGGUAGCCUUGAUCCUUGUAAAAGUGGAAAAGUGAAAUGUCUUUUUGAUGAAGUCAGCAGUAUGGGAUCCUUGAACGUCUCUGUGGUUGUUGGAUUCCUCAACCUGAUUCUUUGGGCAGGAAACGCUUGGUUUGUCUACAAGGAGACCCACCUGCACAGCCCGCCAGCUGCUGAGCCCCCGAACCCUGGCCCCCCAAUUCCAACAGGGAUGUAAAGAGAGCGGGAAGUCACCCCAUAAGGAACCGAAGCUUCUCUCCAGCGCUGUGCUCACCACACUUUUGUUGUUGUUGUUUUUUAAUCCCUUCCUCGUCCUAAGUUGAUUGUGGUGAAAACUGGACAGGUUCCUCCCCCACUCCCCCCAAAAAAAACCGAAAACCUGUGCCUCUGAUGAAGGAAUGGCGCUGGGGAGGGGGUCAUUCUACUCUACCAAAAUGUUGAAAAAUGAGGAAACAUGCCUUGAUUGUAAUACUUUUUGUUUUUUGCAGCUCCAGCCUUCUGCAGCCACCAAGGGUUGGCUUUCCAGCUGACACAGGUCAGCACAGAUUGUGUAACUAUAGCCCAGUUGUGCUGCUCUGCUCAGAGUCAAUGCUGUCAUCUAUCUUUUAUUUGAGUCAAAGCCAAGAGUUGUACAUAAUGCUUGUGGCGUGUUCUUGUUUGGGGGGUUUGCGCUGUUGUCCUUCUGCAGAGGGAACAGCCAAAACACUUGCUUGAUUGAAAGUCUAUGUAUCAGAAACCUGUCAGCCAAAACUUAGAUUUAUAACUUGGGGAACAGGAGGGAGGCAAAAAGCUCUGUAAAUAGUCAUAAGCCAGGAAUUCUGGGAAAUCUGUACAUGGAGCCAAGCAAACUCGAGCAGAGUGCCGGGGAAUCAGAGCUGGGAAUGAAAGUUAAUUCCUAGUCCUGAUGGAAUGCGGGAAUGCAAACAUCCAACUCUUUGUCGCUCUCCUUUCAUAAGCAAGUUUUUUAUCCCAACUUCUUUCCUUUGUACUUUUCUGUAAUGCCUCCCCAAAGAAACUGUGCCUGCUGUUUUCAUAUUCUGUAAAAAAGGAGUCACCAAAGAAACUUUGCUUUUAUGCAAAAUACAGGAACCAGAACACA